AUGGCCGGCUCCAAACCCGCUUACAAAGUCGCCGAUAUUGCAUUGGCCAACUUUGGCCGCAAGGAAAUUAUUAUGGCCGAGAAUGAAAUGCCCGGUCUGAUGGCGAUGCGAGCCAAGUACGGUCCCAGCAAGCCGUUGAAGGGCGCCAGAAUCGCGGGAUGUCUGCACAUGACUGUCCAGACCGCCGUUCUGAUCGAAACCCUCCGGGAAUUGGGUGCCGAAGUCCAAUGGUCGUCCUGCAACAUUUUCUCGACUCAGGAUCAUGCCGCCGCUGCGAUUGCGGCCACUGGUGUUCCUGUGUAUGCUUGGAAGGGGGAGACAGAUGAGGAGUACGAAUGGUGCAUUCGUCAGGUAAGUCUUCGAUAUUUUUCCUUGGUUUUUUAGGUACGACCUAAUGUAACAUGAAAGUAACGGGGUAUUGUUCUAGACCCUCAUCUUUCCCGAUGGAAAACCUUUGAACAUGAUUCUUGAUGAUGGUGGCGACCUCACCAACCUUGUUCACAAGGAGUAUGCCGAUCUUUUGCCAGGAAUUUUCGGUUUGUCCGAGGAAACCACCACUGGAGUUCACAAUUUGGCCAAGAUGUUGACCGAGGGAACCCUGAAGGUCCCAGCUAUCAAUGUCAAUGAUUCUGUAACCAAAUCCAAGUUCGACAAUCUCUAUGGAAUCAGGGAAUCCCUUCCGGAUGGAAUCAAGCGAGCCACUGAUGUUAUGUUAGCCGGAAAGACUGCUGUUGUUGCUGGUUAUGGAGAUGUUGGAAAAGGAUCUGCUGCUGCUCUGAAGGCCUUCGGAGCCAGAGUUAUUAUUACUGAAGUUGAUCCCAUCAAUGCCCUUCAAGCCGCCAUGGAAGGUAAUAUAUUUUAUUAUUUUAUUGUUUGAUAUUUAGGAUACCCUGUUCUUCGGCUCGAAGAUGUUGCCUCUCAGGCUCAGAUCAUUGUUACGACCACCGGUUGCAAGUCGAUCGUUCGUGGCGAACAUUUGAUCGAGCUUCCCGACGAUUCCAUCGUCUGUAAUGUCGGACAUUUCGACUGCGAGAUCGAUGUGAAAUGGCUGAAUGAGAACUGUGUCUCCAAGGACAAUGUGAAGCCCCAAGUUGAUCGUUACCUCCUCAAGAACGGUCGUCAUGUUAUCCUUCUUGCCGAGGGUCGUCUCUGCAAUUUGGGAUGUGCCACUGGACAUCCAUCGUUUGUCAUGUCCGCUUCAUUCACCAACCAAGUCCUCGCUCAAGUCGAACUCUACACCAAACACGGUACCGCUGAUGAGUACAAGAUUGGUCUUUAUGUCCUUCCAAAAACCCUUGAUGAGGAGGUUGCGCGUCUCCAUCUCGACAAACUUGGUGUCCGUCUGACUCAACUCACUCAAGACCAAGCAGAUUACCUCGGUGUCCCAGCCAACGGACCCUUCAAACCCGAUCAUUACCGCUAUUAG